GAUUUUAUGUGGUUUUCCACUUUUUUUCCAUGUUGAGCAGCCUGUCCUCGCUGGGGGAUUCCUCGUCGGAGCGAAGGCCCCCCGGGCACCACCGCCAGCCCUCCGACUGCUCCGAGUCCACAGGCCUGGUCCAGCGCUGUGUCAUCAUCCAGAAGGACCAGCAUGGCUUCGGCUUCACCGUCAGCGGCGACCGCGUGGUGCUGGUGCAGUCGGUGCGGCCAGGUGGGGCUGCCAUGAGAGCCGGGGUGCAGGAGGGCGACCGCAUCGUCAAGGUGAAUGGAACCAUGGUGACCAACAGCUCCCACCUGGAAGUGGUGAAGUUGAUCAAGUCCGGUGCCUACGUGGCUCUGACCCUCCUGGGAUCCCCCCCUGCCUCGGUGGGGGUCUCCAGCUCCCAGCAGGAUGCGGGAACAGCGGGAUCCCCCCACGGCCCCCCCGCCUGUCCCCCCCCGGCGCCGCCGCUGCCGCAGCGAAUCACCGACCCCAGACCCCUGCAGGACCCCGAGGUGCAGAAACACGCCACGCAGAUCCUGCGGAACAUGCUGCGGCAGGAGGAGGCCGAGCUGCAGCGCUUCCAGGAGCUGUACAACCGGAACCCCGGGGCGGCCGUGGAGGAGCAGAUGGAGGGGGCUCGCCGCAGGGUCAGCCAGCUCCAGCUCAAAAUCCUGCAGGAGACCGGCAAUUCCCUGGAUUCCAGGCUGAGCAGCGACUCCAGCCUGGCGGGGCUCAGGUCUCUGGAAGGACGCCUCUCCCUGGACUCCCAGGAUGGGGACAGCGGGCUGGAAUCCGGGACUGAGCGAUUCCCCUCUGUGAGUGAGGUCUCCCUGAACCGGAAUUCCACCCUCUCCGACCACGGCCUGGAAAGCCCCCGGACCUCCCCCAUCAUCUCCUCGCGGCUUUUCCAGCACCAUCGGCGCCAGGGCUCCGACAGCCCCUUCCCAGCCUCGGCGGAGCAGGAGCGGCCGGGAAGGCCCCUGAUCAUCGGGCCGGAGGAGGAUUGUGAUCCAGGGUAUUUCAACAACGAGUGCGACUCCCUCUUCCAGGACCUGGCAAAGCUGAAAUCCCGGCCGGCACAUCUGGGGGUCUUCCUGCGCUACAUCUUCUCCCAGGCCGAUCCCAGCCCCCUGCUCUUCUACCUGUGCACGGAGGUUUUCCAGCAGAGCACAGCCAAGGAUUCCCGGGCUUUGGGGAAGGAGAUCUGGAAUAUCUUCCUGGACAGGAGCGCACCUCUCCGGGUGAAGGUGUCGGAGCAGCUCCUGGCGGAGAUCGAGAGCCGCCUGCGGAACGGGGACGAUGCCCGGGCCGCCCUGUUCGAGGCCCAGGAGAUGGUGAUGCCCGAGAUCCAGGAGCAGAUCCAGGAUUACAGGACGAAGCGGACGAUGGGCCUGGGGAGCCUCUACGGGGAGAACGACCUCCUGGAGCUGGAUGGGGACCCCCAGAAGGAGCGGCAGGUGGCCGAGAAGCAGCUGGCCCAGCUCGGGGACAUCCUGUCGAAGUAUGAAGAGGACAGGAGCUCCCCCAUGGCCUUUGCCCUCAGCACCUACAUGAACCACACCGGGAUCCGCGUGCGGGACCCCCGUCCCGCCGGCGCCUCCGAGAAGGCCCCGUCGCUCCCCGACAGGGACAAGUGGCUGCCCUUCUUCCCCAAGGCCAAGAAGAGCAGCAGCUCCAAGAAGGACAAGGAUGCCCUGGAAGACAAGAAGCGCAACCCCAUCCUCAAGUACAUCGGGAAGCCCAAAAUCUCCUCCCAGAGCACAUUUCAUGUCCCUUUGUCCCCUGUCGAAGCAGUCAAACCCGGGAACGUGAGGAAUAUCAUCCAGCACUUUGAGAACAACCAGCAUUACGAGAGCCAGGAGCCCGGCUCCCAGCGCCUCUCCACGGGGAGUUUCCCAGAGGAUCUGCUGGAAUCAGACAGCUCCCGUGCUGAGGUCAGGCUGGGCCGCUCCGAGAGCCUGAAGGGCCGCGAAGAGAUGAAGAGAUCCCGGAAAGCCGAGAACGUUCCCAGAUCCCGGAGCGACGUGGACAUGGACGCGGCGGCCGAGGCCACCCGGCUGCACCAGUCGGCCUCCUCCUCUGCAUCCAGCCUGUCCACCAGGUCUCUGGAAAAUCCCACCCCCCCCUUCACUCCAAAGAUGGGCCGUAGGAGCAUCGAGUCUCCCAGCCUGGGCUUUGGGGUGGAUUCCUUCCUGCCCCACCUGCUGGAGGACGAGCAGGGCCAGCUCUGGGACCUGGAGCCCGAGCUGGACCCCCAGAACUGGCAGCACACGGUGAGCCGGGAGCUGGUGGCCAACCUGCCCCCCCGGGAGGUGGAGAGACAGGAGGUGAUCAACGAGCUCUUUGCCACCGAGGGGUCCCACCUGCGCAUCCUGAGGGUCCUGGACCUGCUGUUCUACCAGAGGAUGAGGAAGGAGAACCUGCUGUCCCGGGAGGAGCUGGGGCUGCUCUUCCCCAACCUGCCCGACCUCAUCGACAUCCACAAUUCCCUGCUGGAAUCCAUGAAGAAGCUCCGGGAAGAAGGACCCAUCAUCAAGGAAAUCGGGGAUCUCAUGCUGUCCCGGUUUGACGGCCCUGCCAAGGAGGAGAUCCAGCAGGUCGCUGCCACCUUCUGCUCCUACCAGUCCAUCGCCCUGGAGCUCAUCAAGACCAAGCAGCGCAAGGAGAGCCGGUUCCAGGCCUUCAUGCAGGAGGCCGAGAGCAACCCGCAGUGCCGGCGGCUGCAGCUCAAGGACCUGAUCAUCUCGGAGAUGCAGCGGCUCACCAAGUACCCCCUGCUGCUGGAGAACAUCAUCAAGUUCACCGAGGGCUCCCCGGAGCUGGAGAAGCUGUGCCGGGCCCGGGAUCAGUGCCGGGACAUCCUGAGGAACGUGAACGAGGCGGUGAAGCGGGCGGAGAACCGGCACCGCCUGGAGGGCUACCAGAAACGCCUGGACACCACCCCCCUGGAGAGGACCAGCAACCCCCUGGCUGCCCAGUUCAAGAACCUGGAUCUCACCUCCCGCCGCAUGAUCCACGAGGGGCCCCUCACCUGGCGCGUGGGCAAGGACAAGACCGUGGACCUGCACGUGCUGCUCCUGGAGGACCUCCUGGUGCUGCUGCAGAAGCAGGAUGAGAAGCUGGUGCUCAAGUGCCACAGCAAGACAGCGCUGGGCUCCUCGGACAACAAACAGACCUUCAGCCCCGUCCUCAAGCUCAACUCGGUGCUCAUCCGCUCCGUGGCCACGGGUAGGGACGGGGAACCCCGGGAUUGA